AGGAACCGAUACGAGACACGCGGAAGAGGAGUCCUACGCCCCCCGCGACCCACCCGCGGAGCUUUCCAGUUUGCAAAGCUUGGCACUUGGCAUUGUUGGGGGCAGCCGCCGCGCAACCCUGGACACCGCCGGACGGGGGGCAGCCGAAACACGAUGAGCCAGUUCCGGCCCACCUACGACAGGGUCUUCUCCAAGAACAAGCUCCCAGACUACGAGUACAAACCCCCACCACAACAAAUUGGGGUCAUCGAGGGCGCCCUCCUGAAGCGCAAGAGCAAGAAGUGGCCCCUCAAGGACGCGCGCUGGAAGCGCUACUGGGUCGUGGCCGACGGGACGACGCUGCGCUACUUCCGGAACGAGCGGAGUGAUGAUGAUGAAUUACGAAAGCUAAAACCGAGCAAUGGGGCCAUCGCGCGGAAGCGCGUGCCGCUCCAAUUGUGCAGCGUGGCGCGGACGUCGGGCGGCCGGCCGGGCUUCGAAGUGAAAGUGGACGAGGGGAGCGACGCGACGUACACGAUGCAGUUCGCGGCGUCC